AUGGUCCUUAUCUUUGUGAGGAGCUGCGAGGAGGAAAGACCCUCCCUGAGCCGAGAAGGCGGCCAGAGAUCCAGGCAGAGCUCAGAGCUGGUGGAGAAGCCUCCUGGAGGAGAGAAGCCCCACAAGUGCUUGGAAUGUGGGAAGGGUUUCAGCCACAGAUCAAGGCUGAUUCAGCAUCAGGUGAUUCACACUGGGGAGAAGCUCUACGAGUGUGAGGAAUGUGGCAAGGGAUUCAGAGACAGGUCAGGCCUGUUGCAUCACCAAGUGAUCCACACAGGGGAACUGCCCUACACCUGCUUGGAAUGUGGGAAAGGCUUUGGGUGGAGCUCUGCCCUGACAGACUACCAGCGGAUCCACACCAGGGAGAGGCCCUACGAAUGUCCUGAGUGUGGGAAGAGCUUCUCACAGAGCUUUCACUUGACCCAACACCAACGGAAUCACCACUAA